AAGGAUUGCGGCAAUCAGACCACAAGUGAUCAACAACUUGCAUGGCGAAGCAAGGGUUGGGGAACCUUAUAUCGCUGGCCGGCGGCCAUAUGCACUGGCCGUGGGUGUGCUAAGCGGACAUCACCAAACAAUCUUUCCCGAUCCUCCACGCCAACGCUGCAUGAGAUAUCAGGCUUCAAUAGCCUACUGGAGCGCCAUGGAUCAAAUAUAUAAGAGCUCCUUCGCCCACCAUGAUAUCUCUUGCAUCAACAGCGUUCAGUUCGUCCAACACCCGCCUGAUUGACAACACAGGCUUUCAGGCCUUUUCCAACUUCACCACCUCGAGCGCAGAACACCUACCCAUCAAAGACCCUCAGAGUGUACCGGCCCAAAAUGUCGAUUGAGUCUACCAGAGAACGCGAGUCCGGCUUCACGGAAGAUGGAAAAGACAUCAAAUUCCUCGAUGACGGUAUCCUGGCCGUCUCUCCUGCAGAGGCUCGACAGGUCUCCGCCAGCAUUGCCAUCGACCCGGCCGCCGAGCGACGACUCGUGAGAAAGUUCGAUUUCCGCAUCCUUCCUACCCUGGCAGCCAUGUAUCUCUUCAACUCCCUGGAUAAGUCGAAUCUGGGAAACGCCAAAACCGCCGGGCUUGAGAAGGAUUUGAAGCUUACGGGUGAUGACUACAACAUGAUCCUGUCCAUCUUUUUUGUUCCAUACGUCCUCACAGCGCCAUUUCUGGGCAUUCUCGGAAAGAAAUUUGGACCAAACAGGGUGUUGCCCAUCAUGAUGAUGAGCUUCGGUUUCUUCACCUUGAUGGUGGUGGCUGUGAAGAACUUCGCCGGCAUCUUCGCUAUACGCUGGUUUCUCGGCAUGUCCGAAUCCGCCUUCUUCCCUCUAGUCAUCUAUUACCAGACCACAUUCUACAGGCGAGGAGAACUUGCCCGACGCUUGGCCAUCUUCUAUGCCGCAUCUUCAAUCGCCUCGGCUUUUGGUGGGUUAUUGUCUUAUGGCGUCUUCCAGAUCAACUCCGGCACCCUCGCGGACUGGAGAUACCUUUUCAUCAUCGAAGGAGGAUGUUCGAUGCUUUUCGCGGCCUUCGCAUUCUGGUUCUUGCCACGCAAUGCACAGAGUGCCAAGUUCUUGACGGAAGAUGAGAAGCAAUUGGCCUUUUACCGAAUCCAGGUGGACUCGUCGUCGGUCGUGGGAGAAAAGUUCAAUUUCCGAUCGGCCGUCGAGAUCUUCAAGCACCCGACAAGCUGGAUCAUUCUCGGCAUCGAGAUCUGUCUCGGUGUUCCCUUGCAGUCGGUGUCACUGUUCUUGCCUGUCAUCAUCAAACGCCUGGGCUACUCGCCCGUCAUCACCAAUUUGUACACUGUGGCCCCGAACGUCUCGGGCGCAGUCAUGUUGCUCAUCCUGGCAUUCGCUUCUGAUCUGACGCGACUGAGGUUCCCGUUUGUCGCGCUUGGCUUCGCCUUCACCUGCAUCGGUUUUAUCAUCUUUGCGAGUGUCAACAUCACCUCACAAUUGAACGUGGCGUACUUUGCCUGCUUCAUGAUGACCUGGGGCACGAGCGCACCUUCCGUGAUUCUGGACGUCUGGUACAACAACAACAUCGCCGACGAAAAUAAGCGUAUCAUGCUCACGAGCAUUGGCGUUCCCAUGGCGAAUCUCAUGGGUGUGGUAUCCAGCAACAUCUUCCAAAACAAGGAUGCGCCGAAAUAUCUGCCGGCAUUGAUUACCACGGCCGUCUUCGGCGCUUGUGGCUGUGUCUUGACGCUGCUUCUUGGAGCGUGGAUGAUCAUCGACAACAAGAGGCGCGACCGCAAGGUUGGGAGGACCGUCAGGGCCAUUGAUAUCCCCUCUGAACUUCUCGCUGAGGGCCCCAAGAACCCUGAUUACCGUUGGUUCUAUUGAAGAGCUCGACCAAUACGCCGACUCUGCGAUGGUGCGUCAGGAAGUGCUUGGGUUAUGAUGACGGUGAAAAUGAGUUUUGGUAUUUCUGUGUCUGCCAGAGACGUUCUUGUUAUGAAGACCCGCGCACAAUCCUAUGGGUGGAAUACGACGCAAUGACGAGAAGACAUGACGAGCUAAAAGCGAUCCUUUUUUUGAUGGACGUACAGAGAUGGGCGUACAGAUAGCUUUCUACGAAGACACUUUACACAUUUCCACUUGACUUCCAACUAUCCACACUUUGUCUG